UUGCAGAGCCUUCUAAAGCAGGACAUACACCUGUCAGUAAUGGUGGAAUGGAUUCUGCGCUCGUUGGAGGUGUCAUAGCUGCGGUGAUAUUUGUGGUUAUCUGCCUCCUUGUGGUUUUGAUCCGAUACCUCUACAGGCACAAAGGCACAUAUCACACCAACGAAGCCAAAGGAACAGAAUUUGCAGAGAAUGCAGAUGCUGCUUUGAAAAAUGACCCCAACUUCCAAGAUGCAGUGGACGAAAGCAAAAAAGAGUACUUCAUCUGAUGACUGGUGUCCCUGUUCGAUAUCGGGCAAUCGUUAACACUACAACCAGGACUCUUUGUUCAGAUCAAUCCCAGUGAGGCAAAAAAUAACAAGCGGACAAAUUAAUUUUUAACUCCUCACCACCAUUCUGGGAGAAAGUCACAAGUUGCUGUUUUAUUUACUAGUAAGGCAGCACAUUCUCAGAAAAAACAACUUUAAACAUCGCUAUUAUUUUCCUAUAUUGUAUUUCUAAAGUACUGUUAAAGUGCCAGCAUACGAAUAUUGUGCUCGUGUAAACCAUUACAUUUAACAACCUGCGCUGUGGAAACAAGCCAAAAUAUCUAUGUAUAAAGCCACUAACAAAUUACCCUUUUUUUGCACCUCCAGUUUUGUAUCAAGAGCCACAUACAAUGCGGCUGCAAUACAUAACCUUUUUAAAAUGUCAUUAUUAAUUAAUGCUUUUAAUUUGCUUUCUGCACUUGGACCAGUUGUAUCCCAAAAAAUUGUAUGACCAUGCAUAUUUACCAAAAAUAGACCUCUGGUUCAAGGGAAGCAUGUACUGUCAGCUGUGAUACUUAAUGAUGCAGACCUGAUCAAAGGACCAAGGUUUCUUUACAGAAUCCAGGCUGAGAGAAUUAUAAGCACCAAGAACAGUCACUAGAUGACCCUCCUUUGGUCCAUUUACACAACAAAGGAGGGGUAAUAUCAACUUCCUCUGAUAAAUAUACUUUUAAACCCCACGUUAAGUGCACUUAUAUCAAUAUAUUGUGAAGAUACAAAGUUUUAAGUAUUUCUGAGAUGUCCUACAGAUGAUAUUUUAGAAAAUAAAGCUUUCAUUGCUCACUAACUCAUUGUGUGAAGAACAGCCAUUUAACCCAGACAGACUUAUGGGUAAAGAUUCAUUUGGAGAAAACUGACAUUUCAGGAGAGUCGAGAGUGUGGUGCUGGAAAGACACAUCAGGUCAGGUAGCAUCUGAGGAAUGGGAGAAUCGACAUUUCGGGCAUAAGCCCUUCAUUAGGAAUUAUUCCUGAUGCCAAAACUGUUGAUUCGUCUGCACCUCAGAUGCUGCCUGACCUCCUGUGUCUUUCCAGCAUCGCACUCUCGACUCUAAUCUCCAGCACCUGCAGUCCUCACUUUCUCCUUUUUAAAGGAGAAAGGAGGAAUGGACUACCCUCUGACCUCUCGUGUGCUCUUAAAACUUAUUAUAAUGACAGAAUCGUUGUUUGGUAAUGUAGAGCUUGUGUAUUGCUUUAGAAAAAGAAACCUGCUGUCAUUGUCUUGUGAUUCUGUCCUCACAGGUGCAAGAACGCCAAAUCUCAAAUCAAACAACAAUUCAUAUUGCUUUGAGAUGUCCUUUGAGAUUUUUGUAUUCUUGCAAUUCUGUCCUGAUAAAGUGCAAGACAAAAACUUUUGACAACAGGUCCUUUAUUUCCGGAAAUGAGAAAAUACUAAAAUAAAAUCACUACUGAAGUCUGGCAAUGAUUCACAAUGAAGUAAGUGAGUCUAUAAGUGAUGUGUUUUUACUUUUUUUUGUGUGUUACAUGUAGACUUGAUAUAUAAUAGAAUGACUUUAUGUUCCUGGGUGUGUGUUAGAUGUGCACUGAAUUGUUCCUUUAUUCCUGAAAUAAUGCGUUAGUGUGCAAGUGCCUCAACAUUAGAUAAGUGAAGUCUUAUUUUUCAGUUUUUUAAAAAAAAAUACUGCAUAAGUGUUUUUAAGGCUUGGAUUUCUAUUACAAUUUUUAACAUUUUACUGUGAGUCCUUGUGCCCUUUCUUAUUGCGUUGUGAAAAAAUGAAGGAUGUUAGAUUUUUUAAACGAUUUUAUAUGUAAUUAUAUUUCCACCUCUGGGUUGAUAUGCUAGAUUAUCUUCCUAGAGGAGUAAUCACAAUGCACUCUCCUCCCUUCCCCCUCCACCCCCAAACCACCCUGCCAAAUCAAACAGCUCUUUCUCUUGUCUCCUUGGUAGAUGAAAGUGCUUAAGGACAAUGACUUUCUUCCUGAUUUUUCUACUGUGUUGCUUACCUCAAUGUCUGGGAGAUUAAGUUUCAAUUUUUGGCGAUUUCCAGAACAGUACAGGAGGAUCAGAACUCUUCAAACCCAUUGCCCAUGACUGAUCCUUGCAAUGUUCCUUGAUACAUAGCAAUCCUUGUGUGAAAAAUAGACAUCUAAUCUAAUUCUUCACUUCCUGUCUCUCUCACUUUCCUGAGAGAGAUCUUUUGAAAGCCAAAGCAUUGAAAUCUCCGACUCUGAUGCACCCCUCUGUAUAAACAAGUUGCAAAGCCAAAACUAAAUACCUGGCUGUGAAUUUUGAAAUUUAGUUUUUUUUUGUGUGAAGUGAUUAUUGUUUACCAACAAAAGCUUCCCAUCAGGAAUAAGGUCAGCUGUUUUGUUUCCUCUUCUCACUUAUUAAAAAGAAAUCCAGCUGCUGCUAGAUGACAGCUGGACAACUGUGAGCCUGUGCAGUAGAGGAUGUGUGCACACGUUAAUAUUAAAGAUAUGACUUCUGUUUCUCAACCACUAGUAGUGAGCCUAGAGCCCAUUCCUUAAGUAUAUAUCCUCAACAGUAAUCAUAUAAUGCAAUAAAUGUAAAGUUUAUUUCAAACUAGUACCAUUUUAUAUGAGACAAUAAACCUGUCAUAAAUCUGAAUUUCUGAUUUUUAAUCACAGUUAUUAAUAAACUGGCGUUUGGCUCCA